GCUCAGGACACGUUGGGCACAGGUGCGCGCUGCCUGCGACGCGCAGUCCUCCUUGGAUUUGGACGCAGCCAGCGUCCCCCCUGCGCGGCCUGUCAGAUUAUGCGGUCAGAAUCGACGGUAAUCUGUGGGCGCAGCAUGUAUUCGGGCUGUUUUGUUUGAGCGUUUUUGGACAGGACAAAAGUUAUUUCUCCCCCCUCCCCUACCCCGAACUAUGGUUUACCCCGGAUUUCUAAUUACCUGGCGAGAAAGUUUUUGAAUUUCUGGAUGAAUCAGAGGAAGUAGCGGAUGAUGAGAGUCGGAAGUAAAUUUCAGGAGGCUUUCAGCAGAUUGAGGAGGGCCUUUCUAAACACACAGCUAAUGACGACAGCAAGAGGAGUGUGACGACAGACAUGGACGCCAACGGACCUGCACUCAAUCGCAGCCAGUCUCUGGCGAGCGGUCUGGAGAAGACGUCGACGUCGUGGAACAAGCCCGCCCUCUCUCAGAGCAGCAGCACCUUGUCAUCUCGUCACUCCAGACAGGUCAUCAAAGACUGGGAAGUAAUUGAUGACCUUCAGGUAGAAAUGCAAGCAGGAAGUGAGAGUCCCCAGGAAAUGACCGCUCCAGGAAUCUGUGAGGGGUAUCUUCUCAAGAGGAGGAAGUGGCCUCUUAAAGGCUGGCACAAGCGAUACUUUGUUCUGGAAGCAGGGGUCUUACGCUACUCCAAAAACCAACAAGAUGUCUCCAGGGGUCGAGUCCAGGGUUCACUGGAUGUUAGUCUUGCUGUCUUGACAAUAAACAAAAAAUCAAAUCGGAUCGACUUGGAUAAUGGGGACAUCCUCUAUCAUAUUAAGGCAACGAGCCACGAUCUCUUCUACAUUUGGGUGACGAAGCUGCAAGCACACCGCCUGUACAAAAAGAACGAGACAACCCACGCUCACAGCGGCCCACUGCAGCCGCCGUCCAACACAACUCCGACAGGACAAGCUCACAGAAACGGAGAUGUGAGUUUGGCAGGAGUGAAAAGUUCGGCAGGAGUGUCAGGGGUCUUACCCUCGGCCAACACUGCUGUGAACACCAAGGUGUCUGCCUGGCUGAAGCAAAGCCAAAAUCCAGACACAUGUGCUCAAGAGUUAAAUCGCUGUAGUUUGGACCUGUCGGAGCUAACCCGUUUAGUUCAGAGGCUUCAGGCGAUGGAGGCGGGCCAGACCUUCACCAAUGGAGACCUGCAGCGCAUUAUCAGCAUACAGAAUUUGUCACUUGAGAAGCCAAAGAGGACAAAGUCCGGAAAAAUUUGGGGUCAUUCUCGCACACUAUCCAGAGUAGAGGCCCUGGGAAUGGUAAGAAUGCCUAUUCGGGGGAUUUCCAAAUCGCUGUCCUCCAGUCACCUGAGCAGCUCGUCCCACCUCGGUGCGUCAGUGCCCUCUAUCCCCGACUACGUCUACUCCCAGCUGUCACCUCCCACUGUUUUAUCGCCCGAGGGCAAGAAAAUCCAGCAGGACAUCUGCGCCAUGUCAACACGAGUGCUUUCUUCUCUGAAGUCGGUGCAUGAAACUCUGUCCCUGGAGAGGCAAAAGUUGCAGGAAGCUUGGGAAGCCAACAACCUCCAUCAGUCUAACACGUUAGCUGUGCCUGCGCCAACGCAUAGGCCUCCGUCAGUGACAGAUUCAACGGCAGAGUAUUUUGAUGCCAGCGACGAUGUCCUUUGUGGUAGUUCCUCUGAGGUGUCUGAUGAAUCCGGGCUUAGUGACGGAAGCACCAGUAAUUCAGAACCUGAAGAGGGACAUGCUUCAACAACCAGGAAGUACCGUGCAAGCAUAUCCAGGACCCCAAACAAUGCUGUUCCCAAGAGCACUGGCCGUCGAACCACCCUACCAGCUCACUGUCCUGACAACAGCCACGUUGGCCUCAUGGCUAUUCUCUACAACAACAUAGGUAAAGAUUUGGCUCGUGUGUCCAUGCCAGCUGCUCUCAAUGAGCCAAUUAACCUGCUGCAGAGACUGUGUGAAGAGCUGGAGUACAGCGAGCUGCUGGAAACGGCCAGCAACACGCCAGACCCAUACCAGAGGAUGGUUUACAUUGCUGCCUUUGCUAUUUCUGGUUAUUCCACUGCAACGUUCAGAAACCGCUAUAAGCCGUUUAAUCCGGUGCUGGGGGAAACCUUUGAGUGUAUCAGAGAGGAUCGAGGUUUCCGCUUCAUCAGUGAACAGGUCUGCCACCAUCCGCCCAUCUCAGCCUGCCAUGCUGAGUCAGAAAACUUCACAUUUUGGCAAGACCAGCGAUGGAAAAAUAAAUUCUGGGGGAAGUCACUUGAGAUUGUGCCAACAGGAAUGGUCAAUGUAACUUUGCCAAGGUAUGGGGAUCACUACGAGUGGAACAAAGUAGUGACGUGCAUCCACAAUGUAUUAAGCCAGCAGAGGUAUCUGGAACAUUAUGGAGAGGUGACCAUCCAAAACCUGACCAACAACACCUGCACCUGCAAGAUUACCUUUGUCAAGUCUCGUUACUGGGGUUCAGACUCAAACAGGAACGAAGUGCAGGGAACAGUGAUCGACCAAAGCGGCAAUGUCAUUCACCGGUUUGGUGGACUUUGGCACGAAGGAAUCUUCUGCGAUACACUGCCGACUCCAAAAUGCAUCUGGAAACCAAAUCCUCAGCCAAAGGAUUACGUGCUGUAUUACGGGUUCUCUUCCUUUGCUAUGGAGCUGAAUGAACUCGCGCCAAACCUGAAGCCUCUACUUCCUCCUACCGACACCCGCCUGCGCCCAGAUCAAAGAAUGCUGGAGGAGGGGAAAGUUGCUGAGGCCGACAAGAAGAAAGACGAUAUUGAAGAAAUUCAAAGAGAACGGAGAAAACAGCUCGCCAAGAGGGGUGAAGAGCAUGUCCCUCGUUUUUUCAGGAAAGCCAAGGAUUCAUGCGGACGGGAUGUGUGGCUGACCAAUGGGACUUACUGGGAGCUCAGGGAGGACCCAGGUUUUUCUAACCUUGAAAACAUUACUCUGUGGUAAUGAAAGGAGAUCACAGCAACAUGCACACGGCGUAUGAUGACGUCGAACAGCAUACAUGACCCGCUUUGAUGGAGCGAAGACGGUGCUGUUUCUGUUCUCUCAUGACUGGUUUCAUGAGGAACACAAUUAUACACAACUGGUGGAAAAAAACAGAUAUUACUUUCACUUUUAUUAACUCAUUUUAUCAUAAGUGGUAGAAUAUGUCAACACUAUACAUGCACAAUUGCAGGAUUUUUAAAGUUUUCUUUUAUUAGUGAGCUCCUGAACCUAUCAGGGCAUCAUGUGUAAUGCUGGAUUAAUGUACUGGAAUCCAUUUUACAGUCAAGGUAAAGACCAACUAAUAUUACUGCCAUGUACAGGUAGAUGUGAUAAUACUGCCACCAUCUAUUCAGCUGCAUCUCUGCCCUCUGUGAGCUCACACGCUGUUUUUGCUGCCUCAGAGUGGCCAAGUAAGGUGUUACAGGUUUGUAGCAGACGCUCCAUCAUAAAUCAUGUUCCGCAUGUUAAUGGUGAAUGAUGGCUUCUGUGCGUCUUAAUGUAGACCCAUUUUUGUUAAAUCAGUCUAUGUCCGAAUGUUGGACCUCAGGUGUAACUCACUUUUGAUUAAGCUCUUUGCUGAAUGAAACAAUGCAAUGUAAAAUUUAACCUCGGAGUCAUCUUUCUUGCACAAGUUAUUUAUCAUUGUUGCUGGUUACCUAAAAUAAGUUGUUUACUAAUAAAGUUAAUGAUGAUAUAUCCAA